UCUUGGGGUGAUGCUAAAGAAUUUUCGGGAGUUAACACCCACUGCCCCUCCAUCAAAAUCAGUCCCCGCUUUUUGUAUACGUCAUGUAUAUUUGAGUAAUUACAUAUGCAAAUUUGUUGAUAUAUUUGUGUACGCACGCGAUGCGUACCUAUAUUUUAAGAUUACUUAUAAAGUCUGAAAGUGCAAUGAAAUGUAAAUUUGCAGUGUGGAUUAUCAGAGGGCUCUGUGGAUUAUCGCUAAAUAAAUAUGGCAGAAGAAUCGAACCAAUCAAGCAAUAAACGAUUUGAUGUUACUGCUGUUUCUUCACUAGAUGAACUUAACGAAAAAGAAAAACUGUUGAACGGAGUGGAUAAUGGAAAUCAUCAUAACACGGCGGAAAAUACUAUUGGAUAUCAGACUCAUGAGGCUAUUCCUAUGACAGUAUUUUAUCGCAAUGAGAAUUCCCAUUCAGAAGGGAAACCUAAAGCAAAGGCUAGACCAACUUUAUAUGAACUUAGGAAAGGUUUCGACUCUAACAACCCUCCAGAAAAUGAGUCAAAAGUCCCUGGUGAUGAAUCUGCACAAACUCAAACUAACGACAGACCUAUCCAAGCAAAAUUUGGUUGGAUUAAAGGUGUUCUUGUGCCAUGUUUACUUAACAUUUGGGGUGUUAUGUUAUUUCUACGUUUAACUUGGGUUGUGGGACAGGCAGGAAUAGGAUUUGCAACUGUAAUAAUAUUACUAUCAGCAUUUGUUACUAUAUUGACUUCCACGUCAAUGUCAGCUAUAUGCACCAAUGGACAGAUCAAAGGAGGUGGUGCAUACUAUCUCAUCUCACGAAGUUUGGGACCUGAGUUUGGUGGUUCCAUUGGUUUAAUAUUUUCAUUGGCUAAUGCAGUUGCCGUGGCUAUGUAUGUUGUUGGUUUUGCUGAAACUGUCACGUAUUUAAUGGAGGAAAAUGAUUCCCUCAUGAUUGAUUUGAUAAAUGACACCAGAAUCAUUGGUCUUGGAACAGUUGUACUACUACUUGGUCUUACAUUGAUUGGUCUUGGUUGGGUUCUUAAGGCUCAACUAGCUUUGCUUGUUUUACUUCUAAUUGCAAUGCUUAGCGUGGUAGUUGGAUUUGCUGUUGGUCCUUUGAAUGAUGAUGCUAAGUCUAAAGGUUUCGUUGGUCCCAGUUCCUCAGCAUUUAGUGAAAACUUCUCUCCUUCCUAUACAGGCAGCGAAAAUUUUGUCUCUGUGUUUGCUGUAUUUUUUCCAGCAGCCACCGGAAUCUUAGCGGGUGUAAAUAUUUCUGGAGAUUUGAGAGAUGCUCAAAAAGCCAUUCCUAAAGGAACGUUUCUUGCGAUUGGUCUAACUGCGGUAGUUUAUGUACUCUUAGGGAUCAUGUCAGGAUCUUGUGCAUUGCGGGAUGCUACAGGAAUUAUUAACGACACAAUGACAUGUUCCAUGAUGGAAUGCAAGUAUGGACUAAAUAACGAUUUUCAGGUAAUGCAGAAAAUCUCCAUCUGGGCGCCAUUGGUAAUCGUUGGUAUUUUUGCAGCAACUUUAUCUUCUGCACUUGCAAGUUUAGUUGGAGCACCAAAAGUUUUUCAAGCUGUUUGUAACGACGAGAUAUUUCCUUACAUCAAGUAUUUUGCGGAAGGUAGUGGACCUAACAACGAACCACGGCGAGCAUAUAUUCUUGUCUUCUUUAUUGCAGCUGCAUUUAUCGCCAUUGCUGAACUCAAUGUUAUUGCGCCUAUCAUUUCAAACUUCUUCUUGAUGUCCUACGCCCUUAUCAACUACGCCGUGUUUGCAGCGUCACUUGGUCGAUCUCCCGGUUGGCGUCCAUCGUUUAAAUAUUAUAACAAAUGGGUUUCUUUGUUUGGAGCCCUUUUAUGUAUAGGCAUUAUGUUCCUCAUUCAAUGGUGGGCUGCUCUCAUAACAAUUGUCACUAUCGGGGCUUUAUAUAAAUACGUAUCGUAUUCAAAACCAGAGGUAAACUGGGGCUCCUCAGCUCAAGCGGUCACCUAUCGUACUAUACUUUCUAUGAGUUACCAGUACAACGAAAUUGAUGAUCACGUGAAGAAUUUUCGGCCCCAAUGUCUUGUGCUUUGUAGAUUACAGGAAUUAGAUAACCAACAUCAAGAGCUUGUUCACUUGGUAUCAAACGUCACUAAAAAUAACGGUUUGAUGAUAUGUGGUGAAGUUUCAUCUUUAAUUUUCAAUGAAAAUGAAGAUGAGGAAAAGCAAGAAAAAAUUAGACGAGAGAAAAAGGCAGCAGCAAUGAGUUGGCUACGUGAAAAUAAGAUUAAAGCUUUUCACUGUGUUUGUAAAGCCCAAGAGUUUCCUGUUGGUGUGGAGAGUUUACUACAAUGCACAGGACUGGGUAAAAUGAAACCAAACACUGUAUUUAUGGGUUUUAAAAAAAACUGGAAACCUAUGAUGGAUAAAGAAAGCAAAAAAAUGUUGGAGGACGACCUGGAUAAGGAACUUGGGAAAACAUUUCAUGAAACAAAAACAACCGAAAAUUAUGUGAAAAUAAUACAAAAUGCCUUUGAUCUGCAAUUUGGAGUUGCUAUAUUUCGAUCGCGUUUUGAUGACACGGAAGUUAGACAAUACGAGAAGGAAAAACGUGAAGGAACCAUUGAUGUAUGGUGGUUAUUUGAUGAUGGAGGACUUACCCUUCUUAUUCCAUACUUGUUAAGUCUUAAUCGGUUGUGGAAGAAAUGUAAGUUACGUGUUUUCACACCAAAAUCUCAUCAAAAAGAAGGGGAAAUUUCCGUUGCUAAGAUUCGUAUGGUUAAUUUGUUAAAGAAGUUUCGCAUUGAUGUGUCAUCAGUGAUAGAGUUUGAUGGAAUAUCAGAAAAACCACAAGGAUCUAGCAUUACUGAAUUUGAAGAACUUGCUGGACAUUCUUUGGAUGGGGAACACAAGAAGAAAAGCUUACGUUACAUAAAGCUUGGCGAGUUAUUAAUGGAACAUAGCAAAGAUGCAACUUUGAUCGUGAUGACGUUGCCUGUACCAAGUGAAAAAAUUGAGCCCACGUUGUACAUGAGCUGGUUAGAGAUGAUGACGAAAGAUUUACCUUCUAUCUUGCUGAUACGUGGAAAUCACACCAAUGUUCUCACUUUUUAUACAUAAACUGUAUAAUCAGUGACCAAAAAAUUCAUAUUAAGAGUCAAAAUUAUAAAGAUUUAUUGGUUUACUACACAAACGAAAAUUAUAAAAUUUUGUUAAGAUUA